GAGACAGAGAGAGAGAGAGAGAGAGAAGCGUCUGAGCUGCAUGUGACAUAAAACGAACGGAUUCCCAUUCAUAUUUUGUUCUCUCUCUCUCUUAUCAAAACUAAUUCUCGAAGAAAGAAAGCGAACGUUUUACAGUUUUAAUUAUUUUGGUGCAUGAAAGAUGAAGUUUUGCAAGAAGUACCAGGAAUACAUGCAAGGCCAAGAGAAAACAAUACCUGGGCUCGGCUUGAAGCAGCUAAAGAAGACAUUGAAGAAGUGCCGGAGCGAUCUCCAGUCCGAGAACGGGAUAAAUGGGGUUCAUGACAACCAAACAUGUCCUGACCAUUGCCCAGUCUGCGAUGGAACCUUCUUUCCUUCUAUUAUCAAGGAAAUGUCUGCAGUAGUAGGUUGCUUCAAUGAGCGUGCGCAGAAAUUGCUUGAGCUACACCUUGCUUCUGGCUUUCGGAGGUACUUAAUCUGGUUCAAAGGCAAGAAACAAAACAACCAUGGUAUCUUAAUCCAAGAAGGAAAGGAGCUUCUUACCUAUGCACUGAUCAACGCCAUUGCAAUUAGAAAAAUUCUAAAGAAAUAUGAUAAGAUUCAUUACUCUAAGCAAGGUCAGGCAUUCAAGUCACAAGCCCAAAGCAUGCAUAUUGAAAUUCUUCAGAGUCCCUGGCUCUGUGAGCUCAUAGCUUUCCACAUCAAUUUAAGGAAAAACAAGGUCGAAACUAGCAAGGCACUGGCAAUGUUUGAGGGCUGCAACCUCACAUUCAAUGAUGUUAAACCAUCACUUAAUUGUGAGCUUUUUGAUUCUGUCGAAGUUGAUAUCGACUUGACUUGUUCUAUAUGCUUGGAUACAGUCUUUGAUGCGGUUUCCCUCACUUGUGGCCAUAUAUUCUGCUACAUGUGCGCUUGCUCAGCCGCAGCAGUGACAAUUGUCGACGGAUUGAAGGCAGCACUGCCAAAGGCCAAAUGCCCUCUCUGCCGAGAGGCUGGAGUUUAUGAAGGUGCUGUACAUUUGGACGAACUUAAUAUUCUAUUAAGCCACAGCUGUAGUGAAUACUGGGAGGAGCGGCUUCAGUCGGAAAGAGUGGAGAGGAUUCGGCAAACAAAAGAGCACUGGGAGAACCACUGUCGGGCGUUUUUGGGUGUCUAGUUAGGCAGGGCUAGUUUGCUCGUCCUCUUGUUCUAGACAAACAGGAAGGACUAAGAAAAUGCAUUUGAUCUUCUUAUGUUUCUUGUAGAGUUCUUUUUUAUUUGGUAUAAAAUCUGUACAUAGAUUGUUGUUAUGAACCCAUACGCACUGUGUAAAUUUAUUCAGAGCAAUUCAUUCAUAUUUCUGGUUUUUCCUCA